ACUCCACCCUUCGUCGUCAGCCCGUCGUAACUGUUUUGCUUGCCAUCGACCGACAGUUUUUGAGCUCGCGCGACUGCAAUGUAGUGUGAAAAAUUAGUGUGGUGUUUGAUGGUGGCGUAGCUCGUCGGAGGAAUAUUAUUUUUACGGUCGGUUCGCGUGUGCGGGUGGUUUGUAGAUUUGUAGAAGAUUUUCUAAUAUCAAAGCGCGUAGCCUUGCGUGACGGGUUGGGAUUUACGCGGCGAAGCCAUCGUUGUCCACCGUAGAAGUAAAACUUGCAGACCGAUUGAGUGACAGCUGGGAGGUUUGUGUUUCCGCAUUCGGAUUGUGGAAGCAACCAGCGACAGAAGCAGCAGGAAGGAUUAGAGCUUCAUUUGUACCGCAUCAUCAUCAUCAUCUUUGCCGCCCGUCUCAUGCGGUUCAUCAUCAAUAUAGGGGAAAACACUUGAACCACCAGUCAGUGCAAGUUCCGUUCGCGCAUCGGUGAAAAAAUAUUCGUAAAUCGUAGAUCUAGUUCAAAGAACUUGAAACGGAUUUUUAGUGCGAGUGCAAUCGUUGAACAAAGACCAAAACUUUAGUUCUUCUACGGCGACCUCCCAGCGAACGCAAACCUCGCUGCGUAAGCUGCGCGUCGUGUGGUGUGGUGCAUGAUAACAGAGGCACGGCCGGCUGUGGUCCGUAUCGCCGUUGCCGAUAUCGGGGAAUGGAAGACGAGCUGGAAGAUAAGAUUCUCUAUCAAACAUUCUUCAAAUCGCACAUGAAGCUCCUGUCCAAGUUCGCAGUCGGCGUAUCGCCGCUCAACAGUUCGGUCGGUUACGUCUGGAAAGUGAUGCGCGUCUAUCUGCUCAAGCCGGAGGUUCUGAUUGCCGGUCUGUUGAUUUUCGUCUUUGUGCUCUAUCUUCAAGCGAGCGAAGUAUGGAGCCGAGGAUUCAUCGGGAAGAUCAGCAGCAGCUUUGGGCUCACCAAGGGAACCCGCUCGGGGAAACUGGCCCUGCUGACGUCGGCUGCCGAGAAGCACAGCUGGGAGGACAAACGCGGGACCAGUGCGGUGUACGCGGUGCAGGGUCGCCGGCCACGGAUGGAGGACAGAUUCGUAAUUGACGAGAACAUCAACGAUACCGGCAUAUCAUUGUUUGCGAUUUUCGAUGGACAUGGUGGCGAGUACGCAGCUGAUUACGCAAAAACGGUGCUGGUGCGGAAUCUAAACUUGAAACUGACACAAUCGUCGCAUAUCGCUGCGGGAAAAUCAACAGUUUCUAGCGGCCUCAAGGACACCAAAGAAUGCAUCGACAGCAACAAGGAACCCGAGGACGAAGUAAACGAACGGCACAAGCUAAACUCGAAUCCCACCACCACGCCUAGUGCGGCCGCCAGUGGUGGUGGCAAUUCGUUGACCCAGCGGCGGCAGAGUUUUCGGAAAUCCAAGACUGAAGACAUCGUAGACAAACCUAGUGGUAAUGGCAGCGGAGGUGGAUCCAGCAGUGGCAACACCAACAAUGCCAACCAACAGCUGGAGACCGAUCUGCUCAGUAAGUAUAUGGGCAAUCCGUCACCGAUUAGGCAGAUUACGAAGGAGAACUUACUUAAUGGGACGACGGGUCAGCAGACUGCUAACUCGAAGCCCAAAACGUACGAAGCCAAGUGCUACGUGCAGAAUGGAAGUAUUAACUUCGGCAAGAUCAUCACCGACGAAGUGCUGGCGGCCGAUUACGAUCUGGUGGAGAUGGCAAAGAAAGUGUCGAACUUCGCCGGCACCACGGCGCUGAUUGCGGUGGUGCACCACACCAAGCUGAUCGUGGCAAACGUUGGUGACUCGCGGGGCGUAAUGUGCGACUACAAGGGCAAUGCCAUCCCGCUGUCGUUCGAUCACAAACCGCAGCAGGUGCGCGAGCAGAAACGGAUCGCCGAUGCCGGCGGGUUCAUUUCCUUCAAAGGCGUCUGGCGGGUGGCCGGUAUAUUGGCCACUUCGCGCGCAAUGGGCGACUACCCGCUCAAGGAGAAAAAUCUUGUGAUAGCCGAACCGGACAUCCUGUCGUUUGAUAUGGUGGAUCAUCGACCGAUGUUUCUGAUUCUGGCCACCGAUGGGCUGUGGGAUACAUUCACAAACGAGGAGGCCGUUGCCUAUAUUCGAGAGCGAAUAGAUGAACCGCACUUCGGUGCUAAAAGUAUCACGCUGCAGUCGUACAAUCGAGGCUCGGUCGACAAUAUUACGGUGCUGGUGAUUGUAUUCAAAAACGGGCGAUAUCAAGUCGGUUCAUCCAAUGGGAACUGAACCGGUUAAAGUCAUAUAAGUACUUUCUAAUCCAACUUUAUUCAUAUCAAAUAGUUUCUUUCUAUUACGUGGUCUCGAGAGCUUUUCGACAUAGAGGAAACGUACCAUUUAUCUCGUGGUAAAGCGUUUUAUUGAAUUGAUAAAAGUGUGCUGUGUUUAGUUGACUGUUCAUAUAUAGUACGAUCUCUCCCGCCCGCCCCACUAAGUUAGAAACACGUGAUGCUGUUUUGCGUAGGAAACCCGUGAUUACACUAGGAUUACUCACGUCUGAUUUCUGUUUGUUCACCAAAUAUCCUAUAGCCUUGUAACGUCCCAGUAGUAAGAUAGUUCGUUAAUUUGUACACAAAGACACUUCCUAAAAGCUUAAGAUCUGUCAGAAGAGGGGACCUUACCUGCUGAACUCCUCCUGUGCAUUCUGCAAAUAAUUAUACUGCUCAUACACAACUGCAGCUGUUCAUGUCCUUUUAGAGUAAGGAUUUAUUUUUGUUGUGUGUUCUAUUUAAAUUCGGUUUCGAAAAGUAAUUAUGUUCAUCCAUUAGGGUUAUUUUCGUAUCAUUUAUUAUAAAAAUAAGUCACGUCGCAAUGCGUCCCAUUUUAUUUUAAAUUAAUUAUUCUUGGCGCUAAACCUUCGAAUUAGUUAGAUAGUAGCAUCCCGACGAAAUGUGAGCUUUCAAAUACGCUAAUCAUUGUGCCUGAGUAACAACAAUCGGAUAAUAUAUGGUAUGUAGAAUAUGGUGCCAAAACCAAAUAGUACGGUAUGAUUGCAAUGCAAAUCAAGAGUAACACUUGGAUCAAAUAUAAUUAUAGGCAGGAAUUUUCACUUUUAUCUUAAUAAAACCCAACACACAGGAGAAAGUCAGUCCUAUAUGCAUCAUUCUGAAGAAAAUAAAAAGCUAUCAAAAUGUAUACCAAUUUCUCAAGACAACUAUUGUUAGAACAAGAAAAUCUUAAUCGAUUGAUGGAAAAGGCAACUGAAAAUGUUAAACUUUACAUAAAGUUUUAUCCAAUAAGGUUGAAUUCUUAAGAUUAGUCAAGAGUAAUUAUUCUCACGAGCAUCACUUUUGCACGAAGUUUUGCGGCAAAUAUUUGAUCAACGAAAGUUUUUAUUGGAUAUAGCUCGCGUUUUCCUUUAAGUCUAUCAAUGAAAUAAAUAAUGGAAAAAUUA